GGGCCCGAGUGCGAGGCGGAGCGGCGGCGGCGCGGUGCUCCUGGCGGCCGGCCGGAGAAAUCAUUGUAGGUUUGGUGUCUUGGAAGAAUGGAAUCAAUCUCUAUGAUGGGGAGUCCCAAGAACCUCAAUGAAACUUUCUUGCCAAAUGCUGCCAAUGGCAUACUCAAGGAUGCCAGCAAGGUCACGAUAGGCAUCAUUGGAAGUGGAGACUUCGCUAAGUCAUUGACAAUCAGACUUAUCAGAUGUGGGUACCACGUGGUCGUAGGGAGCAGAAACCCUAAACACGCUGCUGACUUCUUUCCCCAUGUGGUUGAUGUCACUCACCAUGAAGAUGCAGUAGCUAAAACAAACAUAAUUUUUGUAGCCAUACACAGAGAACAUUACACCUCUUUGUGGGAUCUCAAACAUUUACUUGCUGGUAAAAUUCUGAUUGAUGUCAGCAAUAAUACAAGAGUAGAUCAAUAUCCAGACUCCAAUGCAGAGUAUUUGGCAUCACUUUUUCCCGAUUCCCUAAUUGUCAAAGGAUUCAAUGUCAUUUCAGCAUGGUCACUACAGUUAGGACCAAAGGAUGCCAGCAGACAGGUCUAUAUAUGCAGUAACAAUGUUCAGGCUCGCCAUCAAGUUAUUGAACUUGCCCGUCAGCUCAGUUUCAUUCCUAUUGAUUUGGGGGCAUUGUCAUCUUCAAGGGAGAUUGAAAACCUGCCUCUGCGACUGUUCACCCUGUGGAAGGGGCCUGUACUGAUUGCCAUUAGCCUGGCAACAUUUUUCUUCAUCUAUUCCUUUGUCAGAGAUGUCAUCCAUCCAUACAUGAGAAAUCAGCAGAGUGACUUUUACAAGAUUCCCAUUGAGAUUGUGAACAAGACUCUGCCAAUUGUUGCUAUCACUUUGCUUUCUCUGGUAUAUUUAUCAGGACUUAUUGCAGCUGCUUAUCAGCUUCACUAUGGCACUAAGUACCGGCGAUUUCCUCCUUGGCUGGACAACUGGCUUCAGUGUCGAAAGCAGCUUGGACUGCUCAGUUUUUUCUUUGCAGCAGUGCACGUGGUGUACAGCCUCUGCUUGCCUAUGAGGAGAUCAGAGAGGUACUUGUUCCUCAACAUGGCAUAUCAACAGGUUCAUGCAAAUGUUGAAAAUUCUUGGAAUGAGGAAGAAGUGUGGAGAAUUGAAAUGUAUAUCUCCUUUGGAAUAAUGAGUCUUGGAUUGCUUUCUUUGCUGGCAGUAACUUCCAUCCCUUCAGUAAACAGUGCCUUAAACUGGAGGGAGUUCAGUUUUAUUCAGUCUACACUUGGAUACAUUGCUCUACUUAUAAGUACUUUCCAUGUACUGAUUUAUGGAUGGAAGAGAGCUUUUGAAGAAGAGUAUUACAGAUUUUACACACCACCAAAUUUUGUUCUUGCCCUUGUUCUGCCUUCCAUUGUAAUUCUAGGUAAGAUCAUCUUACUUUUGCCAUGUGUAAGUAGGAAACUGAGGAGAAUUCGAAGAGGAUGGGAGAAGAGCCAUGUUAUAGAAGAAGUAAGUGGGUCAGUUCCACAUCUCUCUCCAGAAACAAUAACUGUAAUGUGAUGAUAUUUGUUAACACAGUUGUACAUGUUUGGGCUUUGGGUUUUUUUUUGUGUCAUAAACUUGCAUUUUUAGGAGUUUAGUUAAGUAGGAGUCUUUGUAAGGUCUCUUGCUUGACAUAUAGUACAAGCUCUUAACCAAACUGACAUGUUUAUAACUAGAAGACUACUUCUGAUAAAUACAAAUAUAUUUUUGUUUUGGAUUACAGAGGGCAGAUGAUUAUGAAAUUAAAAAAAAAUUAUGUUCCUUUGCACAGUUAUAUCACAAUAAUAUUUUAUUAGAACCAGGCUUUACAGAUAUUUUUUUGCCUUAGAUCAUAUGUGUCAGAGUGCUGCUUAUUAAUAUGACAUUUUCUGGGCAGUGUUUCUUCUAUUAAAACCACAUUUCUGGGUUAAUGGUUUCAGAAUGUAAAGUAAAUUAUUUAGGAAAUAACCAGGGUUUGAAACAAAUUAAUUUGUAAUGAUUACAGAAUGACAGAAUGCUUUGAGUUGGAAGGGACCUUAAAGACCAGUAAGUUCCAAUGCCCCUGUCAUAGGCUUUGACAACCUUCACUAGACCAAGUUGUUCUAAGUCCCAUCCAACCUGGCCUUGAACACUUCCAGGGAUGGUGCAGCCACAGCUUCUCUGGGCAACCUGUGCUUGUGCCUCACUACUCUCACAGUAAAGAACUUCCUCCUAAUACCCAAUCUAAACCAACUCUCAUUUAGUUUAUGGCCGUUCUCCCUUGUCCUGUCACUACAUGCCAUUGCCCUCUCCAGCUCUCUUGCAGGCUCCCUUCAGGUACUGGAAAGCUGCAAUUAUGUCACCCCUAAGCCAUUCCCUCCAGGCUGCACAAACUCAGUUCUCUCCAUCAUUCCUCACAGGAGAGGCUCCCCAGCCCUCUGAUCAUCUCAGUGGCCCUGCUCUGGACUCUCUCCAGCCCAUCCAUGUCCUUCCUGUGCUGGGACCCCAGAGCUGGGUGCCAUGUUCCAGGUGGGGUCUCUCUCACCAGAGCAGAGCAGGGGGACAAAACCUCCCUGCCCUGCUGCCCACGCUGCUUUCGGUGCAGCCCAGGACACAUUUGGCUCUCUGGGCUGGGAGUGCCCAUGGCUGGGUCAUGUCCAGCCUCUCACCCACCAGCACCCCCAGGUCCUCCUGGGCAGGGCUGCUCUCAAUCCUUCAUCCCCAGCCUGUGCUGACACUGGGGGUUACCCCAGCCCAGGUGCAGCACCUUGCACUUGGUCAAGUGUAUUGCACAUGUACAGUAUUUGUGUGUGGUUUUACACCAUUCCAUGAUUUGAAUAUGCAAACCCAGUCUUAAUUAUGGUGUGACUGUACAUCUUGUAAGCAAAGCGUAUUACUGUACUAAACCGUCUUUUUUUUUUUUCAAAGUAUUAAGUAGGAUUUGAGACCUUUGGCAUCUGUUUAUUUCCAUACAUAUAUAAUGAAGAUUUAAAACAAUGCUAUACAUUUAUAGAAAGAUAUGUGUGUAAACUAGUUUUUGAUUUUUUAAUGAUUUUAAAAUAUGAGGAAAUAAUUUUAAAACAAAAAGAAAAGCUGAGAAUUCAGCAACAAUAAAAAUCCAUUUUCACUGUGAAACUUCCACUAUAUUGGAAGCAUCACAAUACUCAUGUUCUGUAUGUGUCUACACUGGAGUUUCAUUUAUUAUAUAUAUGAAUUUCCGAAGAUGUGUCUUAAAUUCUUAGUAUCUUUUUGUGCAAAUCCAAUCUUCUAUUUUUAUAUAAAGGUCUGACUUUUACAAGUGUCUCUGGGAUAUGCCUGAAAUUUUGAGAAACCAAAUUAUUAUUCUUUUACUUAAAUGGCUAAACCUUGACAUAUGCAUUUCCUGUUGGAUUCUACAUAAUGUUCACAAUUAUUUCUUACUACUGCUGUGUCAGUAGUAAUUAUUCUUCUCUAAUAAAACAACCAAACCCAACUCAUACCUUCAGGCUGCUACUGCUUAAUUAGCAAAAUUUCUAUUUCAGUGAAUCAGAUUGUUUAUUUGGUCCUAAUUUUCUUAUAUUAAAUUUUUUUUUUUAAUCUACAUUUGCACUGUUUAAAAUCUCUAAUUUUCUUAGCUGAACCUUCUCUUAUUAUUUAUUGCUUUGUAAGAAUUUCUCCUAUCUUGCAUCAGAAAUACACAGAAUUAAGCUUGAGUUUAUCCUUAAACAUCACUGGUCCUGUAAAUCUCAUUAUUUCUGCUUGUAAUAAAACAAGCAGCUUCACAGACAAAGAAGAUUCUGAAAUCAAAUUCUGCCCCAGUUAUGCCAACCUAAGCCUAAAGAAUUCAUGUUAGUUUUUCUUAAUUUAAUUAAAAAUACAAAAUAUCUACAACAAUUUUUUUAUUCUAGUAUCCAAAUUCCCCAAACUUACACUUCAAGCCUAUGUAUAUUCUGGGUUUGUUACAAAAUGAGAGACAGUUGAACUUCCUUUCAUUUUAAGGAUGUUCAAAUCUAGAGAUUAAAAAUAAAAUACUUGCAUGAUGUUUUUUUCUGAAUUAAAGCAUUUUUAUAUGUCUUUAGACAUGUUUUGUACUGAAUGGGAGUCCAAUGGAUUCUUGAAAAUGGAGGUCUGUGAAUACAUUUUUUGAAAAAAAACAACUAUGUUAUGUGGGUCAACAGAUAUCAUUUUAGUUCACAAAUUUUCAAUUUCAAGUAGUUGGAAAGCUCAGAUUUAUCCUCCUUUUUAAGCCUUGGUGAGGAGUCAAUUGGAAGGAAAAUAAUUUUAUUUCUCCAUUUUUGGAAAAAUAAAUCAUAAUAAUAGCUAUAAUUGGUCAGGCUGAGGUCUUUGAGACUUGUUUCAAUAGCUGAUAAGUAAUAGAUGCUUCCAAAAACAAAGCAGAUGUCUGGUGAUUUUUUCCCAAACACAGCUUCUCAGCCUCUUGGAAAUCAAUAAUUUUGGAUUUGAGACAGAUGCUUCCUCUGGAUUACUGCAUUUAAUAGCUAUGUUCUCCAAAAAUUUAUCAAAUACUUUAGAAGUUAGAAGCUUUCAUAUAUUUUAAUAGAAAAAUAAAGAAGUAAAAGGUUUGAUAAAUCUAUUAAAUAAAUAAAUAAAUGUUUGCAUUCUUUCUUUUUUUUCCAAAACCAAUUAAGUUUGUUUCAGGGUAUUUAUUUUAUUGUUCCUCCUCCAAUAUGCAGCUAUUUCAGUGAUACUGGUGGUGAUAUACAAGUACACUACUCUUGUAUCAAACAUUUUAGACAUUAACUGAAAAUUCUGUUGUUGCUGGAGACAGACAGGAGCCUAAACUAGUAAAAAUUAGAUUUUCACAUAAAAAUGAAGAAUAAGUAACAAUUGCGACUUCUAACUUAACUUUGUCUGUAAUGGCAUUCCAAAAGGUGUUUAUUUCUUAAAAAGAAUUGCAUGUCCUGGACUGUUUUCUAUUUCAUUAUUGCAGAGUGAAACCACACAAGGUUGAAGCAUUGUGCUUCAUUCCUUUAAAUAAAAUCAACUUUUAAAAUCUUAGAACAUAUCAAAUCUUGGAUAAUUUUAAUGGGAUAAAUACCACUCUGUUUUCUACCCCAGUCCUGCACAUGAAACCUAAUUAAAAUCACUAGAAUGGGCUGGUAUAACUGAGAGUAGAAUUUCAUACCUCUGAACAGAUUUCAGAAAGUAUUACUGUUGACAGUCUGACUACAUUUAAAAAUUAAAUAUGCUGCUGUUAUUUUGUGGUAAUUUUACAUUUCUGUAGAAUAUGUAAUUAACAUUCAUGUUCCCUACAAUUAUUUAAUUAUUUUGAUGCAAUAGCGAUAAUGUUGCAGAACUGUGAUAUUGUACUAACUGAAAAUUACUGUCAAAGUCCAUAGAUAUUGUAUUGUAAUGCAUCCACUGACAGUAUAUGCAGAAAUGUAUUGGCCCUCUUUCCUAUGCAAAAAAUUACUUCAUCAUUAAAUUUCUUCUACAAUUAUUAAACUGCUAAAUUUCAGUAAUGAUGAGUCAUUCCUAUUUUCAAGUUGUGUGUAGAAAAUUAAAAUUGUGUUUUAAUUUUAUAUGUUACUUUAAAGGUUGAAAUAUUGACGUAUUAAUAAAUAGACAGUAUUUUUAGAUGAACUAUAUGAAGGCAUUUUGUGAAAUAUUUGUGCUACAAAAAUGACAUAUUGUUUCCUGUUAGGCCAUGUAUUUACUUCUAACUGGAAUAGCAUGUUGACUUGUUAUUUAAUAUUUUGUAGUGUUCUUUAAGGACCAGUUCAUUCUAACAAGACACUGUUAAGCCUGAAGGCAAACUUUAUAUUCAGCAUAUGUUUCAUCCCUUAUGGGAUCUUUAUUCAUGUAACCAAACACACCGAUUUCUAUAAACUCACCAUAGCACUCUCAUUGGAAAAAUACCUGAGGCUAACUGUUUAGUUUAGAUUGCCUAAAUAUAAACAACUAAAUUCAUUUAGACAUCUUAGUUACUUAGAAGAAUAAAUACAUAUUUUGAGGAAUAGCCUACUAUAAAAUUAUUUUUGUGUAGCUUUAUAUAAAUUGCUUUACUGCCUAAUGAAAAUACAUAAGGAAAUAAGCCUAAUUUCUCUUAAUUAUUGUACAGUUAAAAAAAUAGUGCUUGGUAUGUGAUACAGAAUUGUACAUGUAUUAUAAAAAGGAGACUUCUAUGUAUUAAGCAACAGGUUAUUUGUUUUCCAUGGAUAUUAAGGUGGUCUUUCUUAACACUGUCUAAAAUAGAGUUCUAUCAUAGGUUCCAUGUGUCUUUAAUUUUAUCUUAAAACUCUAUUAACUGUUGCAACUAUGUACAGGUUGAUUAAGUGCGCGUUCUUGAAUUAUUUCAAGUUUUUUAGUUAUUUAGAGAUUAAUUAUUUUGUAAUUGUUUUGCAAGUUCUUUAGCUUGUGGUAAUGGUUACUGUGAAUUGUUGCCACAUAUAAUUUUUUUGUUCCAACAUUGUGAAUUAUGUGAUUUACCAAGAAUAUUUUCAUUUGGCAUUAAUUGCCUAUAAAAUAGUGUGUCUGCGUUUAAGUCUGUAUGGUAUUAGCUGCCCAACUGGCAUUAAAGGAAAUAGUUAAUUAAUGUAAGACAAUGAGUUCUCCAGUGGCAAUAAAUUUCACAGGUAUGAAUACAGUUAGGAAACAGCUUUCCUCUGAAAGUUAGAUACAUCAGGUGCAUAAAAAUUAGAUAUAUUGAAAUUUUCAGUGUAAUAUUUUCACAUAUGCAGUGGUAAUGAAUGCAUAUGCGUAGUUCCUUGCAGACUGUGCAUCUCCAAAUACACAAGGUUUUGAUUUCUUGGCUGUUCACCCUGUAGUAUUUCCUAUCAAUAUAAUGAAUAAUGUUGCAGUACUGAUAUUGUAUCACCAUAUGAUACUGCUUGAAUUAAUUAGAUUACAGCCUUUAAAAUAAGUGACACAUUUAACUGACUUGAGCAAUUAUAUAUUGUCAUAUAUUGUUUCUCAUGCCUUGUUGGCAAUGUCUUACAGUAAGCAUAAUAUGUCUCCCAUGUGUAAUAUUCUCUUUGUAGUUGUGUUUGUGAGACUGUUUGUGCUGUCUCUCUGAACAGGGCUAUUAUAAAUUAUUAACAAUGCUCUUACCUAUUUUUCCAUAUACUGUGUUUUACACAAAAAUCAAUAAAAAACCAAUGUAAGGUA